CGGCAAGAAACAGCGACAACUCGCGCGGCUUCAACAACGCGAUCCAACCCAAUCCUCUUGGCACGCACGCUUCGCAAUCUUCAGAGCGGUCACACCCAAAUCGACUCCUGCAGCAACAACGACAAUUCACUCGGCCCCACCUUCUCGGGACCCAUUGACGACGACCCACCAAUCACACUCUGGCUUUUGGCUUUAAAUUUUUGGUUUUGAUUUGAAUCUCUGCCUCCCCUUUGAUCCAAGAAAGAGCUCGGCGAGAGGAGAGUAAAGAUGGCGGGGGGAGAGAGAGACGCGAAGAAGAGGAGCAAGAAGAAGAAGCGCGGAGGCAGCAAGAGGAAGAUGACGGUCGAGCAGGCGCUCGCCUUCAAGUCCGUGAGCGAGUGGGCCUACUUGGAUUCUCAGCCGUCGUCGUCGUUGAGCGAGUGGGUCGACGACUUUGGGGUCCAGAAGAGUGCGGGGCAGAGAGUGGUUUUCGAGCUGCACUGCCACUCCAAGUGCAGCGACGGCUACUUGUCUCCUUCCAAGCUCGUUGAACGAGCUCAUGCCAAUGGGGUGAAAGUUCUUGCUCUGACAGAUCACGACACUUUAUCGGGUAUCCCUGAGGCACUGGAAGCAGCUCGGAAAUUUGGCAUGAAAAUUAUUCCAGGCGUUGAAAUAAGCACCAUAUUCAAUUCAAGAGGAGAGUCAUCUAUGGAAGAACCAGUGCACAUUCUUGCUUAUUACAGUAGCUGUGGACCCACAAGGCUUGAGGAGUUGGAGAAGGUCUUGGGUAACAUAAGGGAUGGUCGAUUUCUACGGGCAAAGAACAUGGUUACAAAGCUGAACAAGCUUAAGCUACCUCUGAAGUGGGAGCAAGUUGCUAGGAUUGCUGGCAAGGAUGUCGCUCCAGGAAGACUGCACGUGGCUCGUGCUUUGGUUGAAGCAGGUCAUGUGGAGAAUCUAAAACAAGCCUUUGCAAGAUACCUUUUUGACGGUGGACCUGCUUAUGCUAUAGGUAGCGAACCUCCCGCUGAAGAAACCGUGCGACUAAUAUCUGAUACAGGGGGCGUAGCUGUGCUUGCUCAUCCAUGGGCACUGAAAAACCCUGCGACAAUUAUUAAAAGUUUGAAGGAUGCCGGUCUUCAUGGAGUGGAAGUCUAUAGAAGCGAUGGCCAAUUGGCAGCAUACAGCGACCUCGCGGAUGCUUACGGUCUCUUGAAGAUUGGGGGAUCUGAUUAUCAUGGAAGAGGGGGGCACAGUGAAUCUGAUCUUGGAAGUGUUAACCUUCCUGUUCUUGCCUUGCACGACUUCCUGACGGUAGCGCGACCAAUUUGGUGCAGGGCCAUAACUGACAUGCUGCAAUCAUAUGCCACCGAGCCCUCCGAUGCAAAUUUGGCAAGGAUCACAAGAUUCGCAAAAAUCAGGAUUCCAAAAGGAAGUCUGCCUCCAAGUCAAGGGGAAGACUUGAUCGACCGUUGCCUAUCAUCAUGGUUAACAGUUGAUGAAAGGCGAAAUGCCGAGUUUGAGGACAUCAGAUCUAGGUGUUCAAAAAUCUUGAUUGAACAGGAGGCAUCUGCUGAGGUGACUGUUGAGAAAAAAUAGGCUGGUUCAGGUAUGCGUAGCAUCAGCAUCGAAGAGCAAUUGAAUUUUGCGGGAGCUACAUUCUUUUUCUUGUGGGAUUUAUGGAAUCAAAUAUGAUGUUUCUGAA